UGUGCCCGGGGCCCUAGGCUUAUCUCUGCCUGGCUAGGCUGCCCAGCACCACCGGGGGCAGGACCAGGAACCAGACCAGCCUCCAGUUUCACUUUCAUUUUCGCUUUCCCUGUAAUGACAGAGGAGCGAGGAAAGCUGUGCCCGCAGCUUCUGGCACUGCCUGAGCCUCAGCACCUGCUGCACAGGCCCCAGCCGGGCACCGGCCUCUCCUGGCACCUGUGGGCAGGGCGGCUGCCGUCGGCCCGGUCUCGGGAUGGAGGUCCCCGACGCCCCCAAGCUGCUGGAUGAGGAGCUGUACUCCCGGCAGCUGUAUGUGCUGGGCCUGCCGGCCAUGCGGAGGCUGCAGGAGGGUAAGGUCCUGCUGUCCGGCCUUCAGGGCCUGGGCGCCGAGGUGGCCAAGAACCUGGUCCUGAUGGGUGUGGGCAGCCUCACUCUGCACGACCCGCAGCCCACCUGCUGGGCGGACCUGGCUGCCCAGUUCUUCCUCUCGGAGCGGGACUUGGCAAAGGGCAGGGCUGAGGCAUCUCAAGAGCGAGUGGCCAAGCUCAACGGAGCCGUGCAGGUCUGCGUCCACACAGGCGACAUCACCGAGGACCUGCUGCGGGACUUCCAGGUGGUGGUGCUGACGGCCUCUGACCUAGAGGAGCAGCUGGCGGUGGGCCGCUGGUGCCGCAAGCACGGAGUCUGCUUUCUGGUGGCCGACACCCGGGGCCUGGUGGGGCAGUUGUUCUGUGACUUUGGGGAGGACUUCACAGUUCAGGACCAAACAGAGGAGGAGCCCCUGACAGCUGCCACCCAGCACAUCUCCCAGGGCUCCCCGGGCGUUCUCACUCUGAGAAACGCGGCCGAGGCCCACUACUUCCGCCAGGUGGGCUCGGUGACUUUCUCGGGGAUUGAGGGCAUGACCGAGCUCAACGGCUGUGCCCCCCGGUCCAUCCGCGUGCAGGAGGACGGGACCUUGGAGAUUGGGGACACAGCGACUUUCUCCUGUUACGUCCGUGGCGGAGCUGUCACUGAGGUCAAGAGACCCACGACUGUGAGCCAUGCGCCCCUGGACGCAGCGCUGCACAGGUUCCGGCAGCUCAGAGCCCACCCGCCCCGGCCCUGGGAUCCGGCCGAUGCAGAGGAGGUGGUAAGCCUGGCCCAGGCCCUGGAACCCCUGAGGGGGGCAGAGGGAGAGCGAGAGGGAGAGCCAUGGGAGGAGCCGCUGGAUGAAGCGCUGGUGCGGACCGUCGCCCUGAGCAGUGCCGGUGUCUUGAGCCCCGUGGCAGCCAUGCUGGGUGCAGUGGCCGCCCAGGAGGUGCUGAAGGCUCUCUCCAGGAAGUUCCUGCCCCUGGACCAGUGGCUGUAUUUUGAUGCCCUUGACUGCCUCCCGGAAAACGGGGAGCUCCUUCCCAGCCCUGAGGCCUGCGCACCGAGAGGCUGCCGCUACGACGGGCAGAUCGCCGUGCUUGGGGCUGGUUUUCAGGAGCAGCUGAGCCACCAGCACUACCUCCUGGUGGGUGCUGGUGCUAUUGGCUGCGAGCUGCUCAAAGGCUUCGCCCUCGUGGGCCUGGGGGCUGGGGCCGGCGGGGGCGUGACCGUGGCCGACAUGGACCACGUGGAGCGCUCCAACCUCAGCCGGCAAUUCCUCUUCAGGGCCCAGGACGUUGGGAGGCCCAAGGCAGAGGCGGCUGCAGAGGCCGCUCGCCGCCUGAACCCAGACCUGCAGGUGACCCCGCUCACCCACGCUCUGGAUCCCACAACAGAGCACCACUACGGGGACAGCUUCUUCUCCCGCGUGGACGGUGUGGCGGCCGCCCUGGACAGUUUCCAGGCCCGGCGCUAUGUGGCUGCUCGCUGCGUCCACUACCUGAAGCCGCUGCUGGAGGCAGGCACGCAGGGCACCCGGGGCAGCGCCUCCGUGUUUGUGCCCCACGUGACCGAGGGCUACAGGGCUCCGGCCUCCACUGCUGCCCCCGGGGACGCCCCCUACCCUGUCUGCACCGUGAGGCACUUCCCCAGCACUGUGGAGCACACCUUGCAGUGGGCCCGGGAGGAGUUCGAGUGGCUCUUCUGCUUGUCUGCCGAGACCAUCAACUGCCACCAGCGGGCCCCGCUGCAAACGGUGGGUGUCCUGAGACACUGCCCACGGAGCUGGCAGGACUGCGUGCAGCCUCCCUCUCCUCAGGUGCUUAAGGAUGGAACACGUUUCUGGUCGAGUCCCAGGCAGUGUCCUCAGCCCUUGGAGUUCAAUGCCAGUCAAGACAUGCACCUCCUCUACGUGCUGGCGGCGGCCAAUCUGUACGCUCAGAUGCACAGGCUGCCGGGCUCACGGGACCCGUCUGCGCUCAGGGAAAUGCUGGAGCGGCUGCCGCGGCCUGACCCCCAGCACCUGGACCCCAUCCUUCCCGGUGACCUGGCUUCCCAGGAGCUGGACCCCCAGCAGGAGGCGCAGCUGCACGAAGCCCUGCAAGACUGGAGCGAGGGCUCCCCCCUGGAGCCGCUGGGGUUUGAGAAGGACGAUGACAGCAACUUCCACAUGGACUUUGUGACGGCGGCAGCAAGCCUGCGGGCUCAGAACUAUGGGAUCCCGGCGGCCACCCGCGCCCAGAGCAAGCGGAUCGUGGGCCAGAUCAUCCCAGCCAUCGCCACCACCACAGCGGCUGUGGCGGGCCUGCUGGGCCUGGAGCUCUUUAAGGUGGUGGGCGGCCCCCGGCCCCGCAGUGCCUUCCGCCACAGCUACCUGCGCCUGGCCGAGAACUCCUACAGCCGCUACGUGCCCCGCGCCCCCGCCCUCCAGACGUUCCACCACCUGACCUGGACCUGCUGGGACCGCCUGACGGUGCCCGCUGGGCAGCCCGAGAGGACCCUCCAGUCACUCCUGGCCCAUCUCCAGGAGCAACAUGGGCUGCGGGUGAACAUGCUGCUGCUGGGCAAGGCCCUGCUCUACUCGGCGGGAUGGUCACCUGAAAAGCAGGCCCAGCGCCUGGGCCUCAGGGUGACAGAGCUGGCACAGCAGGUGACAGGCCGGCGGGUGCCCGAGCCUGGGCAGUGGGUGCUGGCCCUGGAGCUCGGCUGUGAGGGAGAGGAGGACGGCACCGCUUUCCCGCCCCUACACUAUGAGCUGGGACCUGGCAGCGGCCGCUCCACCCCAUCGGGACCUGCGCGGGGCCCACAGUAGGUGCUCAAUAAACGCUGCUGAAGGAAGUC